AUGGGCUUGCGCAAGAAUCUACGGAAGCUAAUGUGCAAGCGUCCCGCAGAUACACCCUGGAUCGACUUGAUGACAUCGACGCACUCGAGAAACACCAGUCGAGACGAUGGCGGAGAUGAGGAGUCUGGUGCUCCGCCUACCGUAGCCGCUUUCUCGCCGAACCAGCAGACGGCGACGAAGAGGGGGAGGGCUUCGGUCCUGAUACACCAGAAGAGCCCAUUGCUGGUUGCCACUCCACCGCAGGUCACGCGUGCCUUGGCGUACAGUCAUCCUUUCAUAUUGCCUCUUAACCAUCUCGCUGGUCUGCUAUCGUGGACAACGGGCGAUCCGUGGGAAAGCUUCCUGUUACUAUCUGCUUUCUGGUUCGUCACGCUCUAUGGUGACAUUGUGGUACGAUGGGCUGGCCCGCUGGUCGUGAUCACGGCACUGGUACUGGGCAUGUACUCUCGCCGCUACAGUCCGCUUUCGAGCACAGUAUGGAGCGACAAGUCUGCCAAACGAAAGCGAGCAGAGUCCGAGGCUAGAAAGAGCCUGGAUGAGAUUCUGGAUACGCUGCAGACGUUCACGGCACGAUGUGAUGUACUUUUGGAUCCUUUCCUCAGGCUGACUGAGUUCCUAAGUACACAGUCGACUGCGACGUCCGCGACUACCAGACCAGCACUCACUUCGCUCUUCAUCCGCAUUCUAGCAUUUACGCCGAUAUGGGCCGUUUUGACAUUGCCACCUUGGCAUAUCCUGACUACGAAACGAGUAGUGCUUGUCAUUGGCACUCUAGGCUUAUCUUGGCACAGUCGUCCAACUCGAGUCACUCGAACUCUGCUUUGGCGGAGUCGGACAGUGCGACAAAUCGCAUCACUGUUGACUGGCCUAGACUUCCCAGCUUAUGUACCUGUCGCGAAAGCUCCAAAGCUGCCGCCGAGGGACAAGGAUAUCAAGGCUUCUGCGCUGAGUGUGUCAAACAACGCAAAGCCGGGUGUACGCUUCACUUUCACUAUCUACGAGAAUCAACGCCGUUGGCUUGGUCUCGGCUGGACAGCAUCGCUUCUGGCAUACGAACGACAGGCGUGGUCCGAUGAGCAUUUGAACGAUUGCGCGGAGCCAGACCACUUUGAUUUGCCUGAUACGGAUCAUGCUACGACGAAGUGGCGAUGGACUCCGGGAAGCGAAUGGCGGGUCGAAGGGGCGACGGUGACCAAGGAGAAAUCGGCGAAGCGCAUCGGUGGAGGCGGCGGAGGCGAUGAGAGUGGAUGGACGUACUUUGAUAAUAAAUGGCAGCUUCCUUCCAAAGUUGAUGGGUGGGAUAGGUAUACACGGCGACGGAAGUGGAUUCGGGACGCUGAACUGGUUGAGAGCACCGCCGAUGAUAAUGACGAUGGCACUGCCCUCGCACCGUCUGCAUCAGAGACCGCGAAUGAGAGCAUGUCGCUUAAUGAAGGCGACUCUAGCAGUAUCGACGGCACCGCGAAACGAAAAGGCUGGUUUGGGAACAAGAAGCCCAGACGCGCUACCGUCGACAAAUCCGAUGCGGCUUCUGGGAAGGCUAUUAGUGCGGAGUCGACGCGAUCGCGGGAUAGUCCUGAGGAGGAUGUGCAUACGCCUUUGCCGUAUCGGCAUAUGGAGUGGGAUCGGAGUAUUGGGGAGGGUGUCUAUGAGGGAUUGUCGUAG